AUGCUGCAGCUAAAUCCUCUCUCAAUUACUGUCUAUUUCGCACUCUCGGCCGGGGCUUUCGCUCAGCCUCUAGGCACAGUCUCACCACUGGCACAAAUCUGUGGACCACCUUCCAGCGUUGUCUGCAUUAAAAAAUAUGCAUCUGUAAUGCCAUAUCAUUUCUUCAGAGAGCCGUCUUAUAAUGGCUCUUACGAAGACAUAUACCCUUCGACUAUGGUCCCAAAUGACACCUCUUGGGGGCUUGUCAGGAAAGCGGACUUCCUAGUGUUUGAUCAAGCCCGUGGACUGGACCUGCUGGGACCCAGUCCGAGCUAUGAAUACGUAUUUGAGGUCAACAAUGCCGUGCAUGAAGCACCAGUCUAUUCGCCAGUGACGAAUAAGCUAUAUUUCUCUCAGCUUCGUGGAACCAAAUCUCCACCAGGUUUUCUUCCACAGCUCGUCGUCAAUCUUAAUGUUGAUCCCCCAGAGCUUGGAGAGCUGAUAUCGGAUCCAUAUAUGCCCCAAAUGGCGGAACGAUCCACAACCAGUGUGAUAUACUGGGGCGUCUCUGGAGGAAACAACAGUAUCGGCGGCAUCGAAGAGAGGCCUAGCAUCGCAACUCUCGAUCCGUUGACCAACAAGACCGUCACACUGCUCAAUAACUACUUCGGCUACUACUUUAACACGGUCGACGACCUCUUCGUCCACGACAACGGCGACAUUUUCUUCACCGACCCACAAUAUUCCUGGUUCAACGCCCUCACAGAUAGAGCGCCCCAACUCGAAACAGCCAGCUACCGCUUCACGCCCUCAACUGGUGCGGUCUCAGUCAUCAAUGACGACAUCGUGCAACCGAACGGAAUUGCAAUCGCACCCGUCGUUGCAGGCUGUCCAAGAACGGUGUACAUCUCCGACACAGGCGCAAUCGCAGGCACGACACAGCAGAGUCUCGGGCCACAGGGGACCGAAUUCAACACAACGUGCAAGCGCACGAUAUACGCCUUCGAUCUCAGCGCGAAUUGCAAGCACCUGCUCAACAAACGUCCCGUCUACUUGGCGCAGGACUGGGUGCCUGAUGGGCUGAAGGUCGCGGCCAACGGCUAUAUCGUGACAAGAGCAGGUAAGGGGGUGGAUGUACUUGAUUCUGAUGGGACGUUGUUGGUGCGUGUGCAGACGAACUUUACGGUGCAGAAUUUUGCGUGGACGGGGGCGAAUUAUGAGGAUCUUUGGAUUGUGGGGAACAGUGGCGUGGCUAGGGUCAAGUGGGCGCUCGAGGGACAGGUGCUGAAGUAGUGAGUUUGUGGCAGCCUGCGCCAGAGUCUUGCCGAUAUUUGCGUCCUGCCUGUGGAAUGAAUAUGGAAGUGGUGAAAUAACCGAGAUGAUCAUGCUUGUUAUUUUCCGAAUCGGUGUAGUUGUGACACUAGGCAAUCACUUGUAUCCGAAGAUGUGAUUGAGAC